AUGACCGUCAUUGGCAAGUACAGCAAUGACAUGAGGAAGAGGCGCCAUUAUUCAGUGUUUUGGAUUGGCAAAGCAGUGUUAUUUCUGCAUCUUGGAGUGAGGAGCUAUCAGAUAAUUCUUCAAUGUAGGUACCUGUGACACUAGCAAAAAGUCAGAAGUUACUAUUUAUAUUGUGUGCCAGGUCAUUAAUGUGCUACAUGAACAGUGCAGACCCUAACAAACCUUCCUGGGGAAUAUCUGAAGUUAUUUCAAUAUCUGUCAACGACUCUCCAUCCAUAACAUGCUGUGGGCACCUACUGAGAAACACCCAUUUCAGUCACAGAUUGCAUUUGAUAUGCCAACUGAUACUAUUUUUGUUAACAAUCAGUGUUGUGGUACAGAACCAAAUGCUUUUUGGAAUUCAAGAAAUACUGCAUCCACCUAACUGAUUUUCAGAUGCCAUGUAUGAAGAGCAAGAGUUAAGUCUUGUAUGAUUGGUGUUUUUGGAAUCAAUCCUGGUUGAGAUGGAAGGGUUUGUUCUGUUUCAUUAUGUUUCAUUGUGUUUUAAACUUUCACUCUCCUUGCCCAGAUUUCACUUUUCUUUCCUGAUGUCCAGCUCCAGAUAUUCAGUAGUCAUCAUUUGUUGGAAGCUUUUUGCACCAAGAGUGAACUCUCUCCUCUUGUUUUAUCAGGCAACAGUUUUUGCAUGAGAAGCGUACCAUUCCGUGCUUGGCUUCAGAUUUUCAUGGCUAUAUAAGAGGCAGAAUAGCAUCUCCUGUCAUGCAUUCCAAGAGGGAGAUCACAACAGACAACAUCAUGAACCACUUGGCAAUUCUUUCCUGUGUUGCUGUCUGCGUGUGUGUUGGGCUGGUUUCAGCUGCAAGAGUAGAACUUGUACCUGUGUAUGAUCAAGUCGUUGAUGAAUCAUCAUUUGUUCCUCAAGUUAUUCCCAGAAGUGCUUCAGAUUUAGAAACAGCUGCAAGUGGUCAUGGUCACUAUGGUCGAGUGCAGAUCAAGGUGUACAGAGGACCUACAACACAUGGACACCAUGAACACUUUGCUCCUCAUGGAUUCUGGGUGAAACAACCAGCUGAUGACCAUCAUUAACUGUGUUGCUGCAGUACUUGUUGAUCAAAGCAAGUGUAAUAAUUUGUUAUCUGUUUUUACAAUAAAGAUGUUGAAAUAA